GCUCUACACAAGCUUCGUAAAGAUGGACUCACAACGAGACAGCCAUGCCUAGACAGAUGCCCUGUUGCCAUCACACCACUCCCAGUCUCAGUCUCAAUCGCCCUCACCAUCGCCAUCAUCUUCAUCUUCCUCCCUCUCAACCCUCCUCCCAGAACGCAAGGCCUCCACCGCCUCCUCCUCAUCACCCUGCCUCUCCCCAAAGAACCUCCAGCACCAGCAGGCGCAUAACCCCAGCACGCCGACGCCAUGGGCCUACAUGGUCCACUACAUCCGGCAGCUCCUGGGGGUGGACUCGACGCGCCGGUCCAACGUCGGCGUGCACGCCCGCAUGAUCUCGGACGCCAUCAUCGGCCUGUCGGACGGGCUGACGGUGCCGUUCGCCCUGACUGCGGGCCUGUCGUCGGUCGACGGCAUCGCGGCCAGGACGAUUGUGUACGGCGGGCUGGCGGAGCUGAUUGCCGGAGCCAUCAGCAUGGGUCUGGGGGGUUACUUGGGGGCGCGGAGCGAGCUACAAUCCUACCACGAGACCCGCCGCCAGGAGAACCUGCGCAUCGCGACCGAGCCCGACGCCGUCGACGCCGACGUGCAGUCCAUCUUCUCCGGGUACGACCUGUCCCCAGGCACCCUGAGCCAGCUGACGCGCGAGCUGUCCUCGUCGGCCAAGUACGUCGACUUUGUCAUGGAGUUCCACCACGGCACCCCCGAGCCGUCGGCCGCGCGGGCCCUGCAGAGCGCCCUGAUGAUCGCGCUGGGGUACAUGCUCGGCGGGAUCGUGCCGCUGGUGCCGUACUUCUUUGUCGGUGGGAGUCAGGAGAGGGAUAUCGUCUGGGCGCUGUGGGUGUCGGUGUGUGUCAUGGCCGUGGCGCUGUUCGCGUUCGGGUACGUCAAGACGUGUGUCUUUACCGGCUGGGCCGGGCGGCGGUGCGUCAAGCAGGGCAUCCUCGGCGGCGCGCAGAUGGUCGUGAUCGGCGGUGCGGCUGCCGGCUCGGCCGUCGCGCUGGUCAAGAUCUUUGAGGGCUUUGGAGGCGGCGGCGGCGGCGGACGGUGAACAUCUUCCAGCGCCGUC